UGUCAGACGGUUAAAUUCUCAACAAUCAUUAAUAAAUUAACAAAAAUUAAUUUUUAUCACAAUGUCUCGGAGAGUACUUUGGCCAAAUUCUGCGAUAUUCUUACGGUGCACGAAGGCUACCAAGGCCAGAGGUUUUUUACGACAAAGCACUUCAAGAAGGUCACCCAUUGCUUGUUCGAUCUAGAUGGGACCGUACUCGACUCAGAAAUCAUGUAUCACAAAAUGAUAAAACAAAUAUGCGAAAAAUAUGGAAGGAAAUACACAAAGGAGCUUCGCAUCAGGAUGUACGGAGUUACGGACCGGGAGAUCUGCCUGACGGUGGUGAAAGAACUCAAGAUGCCGAUCUCAGCCGACGAGUUUGAGAUGCAACUCGGAGACCUCGCCAAGAAGGUCCUGCCGGCAGCCCCGUUACAAAAAGGAGCAGAGCGCCUGCUGACGCACCUGCACGACUACAAGAUCCCCAUGGCUCUGGCCACCAAUUCCACGGAGCAAGCGGUCCGGCUCCACGCCACUGCCAGGCCUAGGCUCUUUGGGCUUUUUAACCAUAAGGUGUGCGCCAGUGAUCCGGACGUGGACCGGGGCAAGCCGCAUCCGGAUAUCUACCUCGUCGCAGCGAACCGCUUCCCGGAAAAACCAAAACCUAUACAGUGUCUUGUGUUUGAAGAUUCAGCAUGCGGCGUAGAGGCUGCCACUGCAGCUGGAAUGCAGGUGGUAAUGAUCCCCGAUCCCCGUUUGGACCGCGAGCAAACCCGCCACGCAACACUAGUGAUACGAUCUUUGAUGGAUUUCCAACCGGAACUUUUUGGAUUACCUCCUUUUGAUGAGAAACCGGAGAGACGAGAAAUGCGGGAUGCUUCUCCUACAAAAUAAUUGUCAUUUUUGGAAAUAUUUCGGGUAUAUACUGCCAUCUAUCGGCGAGUAGUCUUAUUAAUGGACUUGUCAGCGCCAUCUGUAGCAGACUUUUUAGGCUGUAAUGAAGUAAGUUGUGUAAACUAAAAUAUAGAUGUCGCUUUACGUGAAACAAUUUUUUGCAUCUUACUAUCGUCACUAAACAAUAUUUAAGCUAAACUUUUCGCGUUUAUAAGUUGCCAAAUUUUCCUAUAUUUUUGAGGCAUUUAUACUUGCUCAUUGUUACGCUAUUUUGGUGAAAAUUACGUCUCACCUCACCAACUACCAUGGAGUAGCAGAUACAUGUUCGAAGAAAAUGUAUAGAUGGCGCUGUAUCC